GAACGGAAAAAUCACAAGUUUUAUGAGGAAAUCAUGUACUAAAGUAUAAGCUUUAUCAGUAUCACUUUGAUACUAAGAGUGAAUCUACAUCAGACUGAGGAUGAUAAAAUAUUGAAUGUGGUAUGCAAAGUAAAAGUGAUGAAGUCAACAUGGACGCCUCUCUGCUUGCUGGUUCUGUACCUGGUGUUGAUGUUCAUGGUCGCACGUCUAUUAGACUUGUUGACCUGGUGUCAUCAAGGAGUCACUCCCACAGACAUGGUUGACCCACUCCUGCUGAGUGUACGACAGCUCAAACUGCUGCUAGAAAUAAGAGGCAUCAGCUACACAGGCUACUACGAAAAAAGAGAGUUAGCUCAUCUGGUUGAAUCAACAGCCGAUGUUUCCCAAGGAGAGUUGGAAGAGCUAGAUUCUCUCGUAGACUCGGAGGAGAGAGACAGACUCGUAAAGACACCUCAUACAUCUCAGUUUUCUGGAAGCGCUCACUUCUAUGAGCAGGUAGAAGACACAAAAGACAGUGUGUGGCUGGUGCAGGUGGUGGUUGGCAACAAUGAGCCUCUACUGGACGACUAUAGAUGGCGUAUGAUAAAACAUUAUGUCGCUCCCUUUGCCAUCCGCACUGGCAUGUUUGACUGCAAGCUGGACCGCAGACUUUGCAAAAGCAAAGGCUGGAAUGAACCACUGCUUCUCCUAGCAAUGCCAAAAGGGACAACACCAAAAGAUAAAGUUGUCAUUCGCACGUGCACUUACACUAAACCUCAGAAAAUCAUCAACUGGAUGUCGGAGCAGUUGUCUAUCAGGGUACACAAGUUGGCUGGUGUGACAGAGCUGGGAGACUGGUUGUCAGAGUCAGACGAGCAGACCAGUUACAACCAGACAGCAGUAGAUAGUCUGAGGGAUGUCAAGGUGCUGCUGUUGACUCAUUUGCUGCACCCUCCGCUGUUCCUGGCCGCACUCAGCAUCAAGUUUACAGGUCGGAUAAAAUUUGGGAUGAUAACUGUCAAGAAGGAGGACGAAGGUACUAUGCGGCAGAAGUUGAAGCGUCAGUUAAAUGCUCCCAGCUACCUUGUCAUCACCCCUGAGCGCACUAUAGUGUACGGUCAGAAGCAUGGGGAACAUUUUAACUUCUGGGCCAUGAACGCUCUUCUGCGGGCUGUUCAACCUGAUGCUAACGAUGUCUUCCUCUGCAGCCUUAUCUUUGCAAACAUGAUUGCCUUCUUGCAUAUAGUACAGGUUGGAGCUACCUCCUGGUGGAAACACCUGGUGGGGGGAGUGUGGACGUUUGUCAGCUACAACCUUUGGUUAUUCGCCACCUGGCUAGUGAUCCUGGGCACAUGUAGAUGGCCAAUAUUCAGUACAGCUUCUGACCAACUUCUGGUUCUCGUACGAAGUAUUGCACUUACAGAUCUUGGCAACAAUUUACGAAAUGACGUUCUGCUGCUCUUCAAGCAUCCGUUGCUCUUCAUUAUGACAUUCCUUCUGUUUGUGUUCAUGACCAAGAAAUUUGUUUUUAGCUCCCAAAAUGAGAGGGACCCUGAGGAUCGGCCAUGGUGGGAAGUUCUACCUCUGGAUUGUUUGUUUCGUCGACCUAUGGCGUCUCUGAGUCUGCCUCUUCCCCCUCCUGAGAUCCAGCUGGAGGAAGGAAUUGAGUUGCUGAUAGAGCGUCUGGCUGUGCCUAACUUGUGGCUUCAACCUUCUGCCAUUGUCAACGACUACAUCAAGGACCUCCCGGUGUGGAAAUAUCAGACUCCAACCAACGCCGAUAACGAGUCCAAGGAAAUCAUGAACCUAAUGGACGGUGACUGUCAUUGUAAAUAUGAUUCUUCUUCAGAAGAAAGCAUCACAGACAGCAAGGAAGAGUUUAGCAACUGCCCAGUAAAAGGCAUGCUGCCAGCCAGUUCAUGUGCUAUCUGUCUAGACUCUUAUCACAACAACACUGUUCUGUGUGGCCUCCCCUGUGGUCACACGUACCACAAGCGUUGCAUCCACACGUGGCUUCUAACUGACAAUCACCUCUGUCCCAUCUGUCGCUGGCCUGUCUACAAGAACAACCACCCUCGCUUCAAACAAUAGCAUUCCACCGACAUUCCUUGUCAAAAUUUACAUGUAGGUUAUAAUUUUUUUAUGUAUCGUUACCAUCCUAAGGCUUUUAUAAAAGUGUGUUCUUUCAUUUUACAAAAUGUGAUAUUAUAAAACCAAUGUAUUGCCAUACUUAAUUUAGUACAGGAAAUAUAAGUUCAAAAUUCUUUGUUUAUUAAGUUUAUAUUAAAAUGUUUAACGAUCAAACUGUUGUUUCAAAAAUCAAAACCUUUGUGUAGUAUAUACAGUUUAUAAUAUAUUGUUAGAUUCAUAUCUAUGUCUAUUAGUCCACAUGAUGUCACACUAUCUUUACCAUAAAAGAAAACAAUGAUUAAAAUGAGUAGAUAGUUUAUCCAAUGUUAAAAUUUAUUGCAGCAAAACUGUCCCAAGUUUUUCCUCUUGGUAGAUUGAGCUAGUAUGAAAAGAAAUUUUUGUUUUUAUUUCACCAAGCAAAGUGUGUGGUAGACAAAAGAGAGACAAACAUAAGUGAAUGGGCCAUUGUUGAACCCAUUAAUGAGUUAUUGUUGACAUUUUAUAGUAAUGAUUACUUAGCUUAAUUUGAUUUAAAAAAUUCCCUCAAUAAAAAAUAUAAACACAAUUCUACAUGAAAACUAACUAAUGUUGUGUAUGCUAC